GGCAAGUAUCGAAGAGGAGAAAUGCACCUUAAAAGUAGAGGGAAUGACAUGUAGUUCUUGUGUACAGAGUAUAGAGAGUUAUAUUGGGAAAUUACAAGGUGUAAACUCUAUUCAGGUUGCAUUGCUAUCGGAGAAAGCUACAAUAACAUAUUUGAAAGAUUAUUGGGAUCCUGAGAAGCUUGCAAAUGAAAUUGAUGAAAUGGGAUUUGAAGCAUCAGUUUUAACAGAUUUGAACUCAAGUUCUAUUAUUGAUAUCUCAAUUUUUGGUAUGACUUGCUCUUCCUGCACCUCUUCAAUCGAAACCGCCUUAUCAAACUUGGAAGGCGUCAUUAAUGCAGAUAUUUCAUUACCUUUAGAAUACGCUAGAAUUCAAUUUAAUCCGGACAUUGUUGGUGUUAGAGAUAUAGUGGAACUUAUCCAAGAAACUGGUUUUGAUUGCAUGAUACGUGAUGAUAGAAAUGAUAGUCAAUUAAAAUCUUUAUCUAGGAUUAAGGAAGUUAAUCAAUGGAAAUCUGCAUUAAAGUAUUCAGCUUAUUUCUCUAUACCAGUUUUCAUUAUUGGAAUGGUUUUACCAAUGAUACCCUCAGUCGAACCAAUCAUUUUCUAUAAUUUAUGGCGAGGGAUAACUAUCGGUGAUUUAAGUUGUUUAUUAUUAACCUUGCCAGUUCAAUUUGGUGUUGGCAAACUCUUUUAUAAGCCGGCUUAUAAAAGUUUAAUUCAUCGUUCUGCAACAAUGGACGUUCUAGUCGUAUUUGGUACGACAGCUGCCUUUAUAUAUAGCACAGGUGUCAUGAUUUCCAGCAUAUUCACUUGGUCAAAUAAUAGUAUUAUCCCGCAAACAUUCUUUGAUACUUCAACCAUGUUAAUUACAUUUGUAACGCUUGGUCGUUACCUAGAAAAUCUUGCGAAGGGCAAAACGAGUUCAGCUUUGUCUGAUUUAUUACAAUUAGCGCCAAAUUCCGCUACUAUAUACCUUCAUUAUGAUGAAGAUCAUUCAAAUGAUUUACAAUUUGAGGAAAAGCAAAUUUCAACAGAUUUAUUACAGAAAGGGGAUUAUAUUAAGUUAGUACCAGGUGAAAGAUUACCUGCCGAUGGUUAUGUUGUUAAAGGGAGUUCAUCAAUUGAUGAAAGUAUGAUUACAGGUGAACCUAUCCCUAUUGUCAAAGAAAAGGGUGAUACUGUUACGGCUGGUACAAUGAACAAUAAUGGAACCAUUGAUGUAUGUGUAACAAGAUCAGGUACUGAUACUGCUUUAUCACAGAUAGUUAAAUUAGUUGAAGAUGCACAGACUUCAAAAGCGCCAAUUCAAGCAUUUGCAGAUAAAAUAGCUGGUUAUUUUGUUCCAGUAGUUAUUAGUUUAGGUUUAAUAACAUUCAUUACUUGGUUAAUACUAUCGUAUUUAAUCAUACCUCAAUCAUCUUUACCACAUAUCUUCAAUCAACCUGGAAUGAGUAACUUUGCGGUAUGUCUGAAGUUAUGUAUUUCAACUAUAGUGGUCGCAUGUCCAUGUGCAUUAGGAUUAUCAACUCCAACUGCCGUUAUGGUGGGAACAGGUGUAGGCGCACAAAAUGGUAUCUUAAUUAAAGGUGGACAAGCACUCGAACAAGCUAGUAAAAUAAAGAGAGUUAUUUUUGACAAAACUGGUACAAUAACGAAAGGUGACGUUAACGUUGCUGCAAUUGAAUGGAACGAAGAAAGUUUUAGUGACAAUGUUCAUUCUUUAGGAUUCACGAAGGAUGAUGUAAUGAGAAUUGUUGCUUUAGUUGAGUCAAAGAGUGAACAUCCGUUAGGUCAAGCUAUUACAAACCAUUUUAAUGAUUAUGACCUUACAUCAAAAAAUACUGAAAUAGUCUUAAAAGAUUGGGUAUCUCAUACAGGUAAAGGCGUUGAAGCUCAAGUAUCAUUAACGUUUCCACAAUAUUCUUCAAAUCAAUUGAUAUAUAAAAUACAAAUUGGUAAUAAUAGUAUCACAUCAAAUGAUAUUAAAGAACCGAAUAUCUUUGAACAAUUCAAAAAUAUCAAUUCUAUAAAGGGCUUUACAAUUGUUUACGUCACUAUUGAAUCAGAACCUAUAAUGGUUAUUGCUUUAGGUGACGAAAUAAAGUCAAAUGUUAUGGAAACAGUAAACUGUUUAAUGAAUAACUCCAUUGAAAGUUAUUUGAUGACAGGUGAUCAAAUGUCAACUGCAUUAUCAAUAGCACAAAAAGCAAUCAUACCAAAAGAUCGAGUAUUCGCAGGUGUUAGUCCAAAAGGUAAACGUGAAAGAGUUAUUGAAAUGAUGAAAGAUAAUGAUGGGACUGUUGCUAUGGUUGGUGAUGGUAUAAAUGAUUCACCUGCACUUGCUGCUGCAUCAGUUGGUAUAGCAUUAGCGUCAGGCUCAUCAAUAGCUAUCGAAGCAGCUGACAUAGUUUUAAUGAGACAAGGAGAGAUUGAAGAUGUCUUCAGCUCAAUUCAGUUAUCUAAAGCUAUAAUGAAAAAGAUAAAGAUGAACUUCUUAUGGGCUUGUGCUUAUAAUAUAGUUUUUAUACCUCUAGCAAUGGGUAUGCUACUCCCUUGGAAUAUUCACUUACAUCCAAUGAUGGCAGGCUUAGCAAUGGCAUGUUCAUCAGUUUCAGUCGUAAUAAAUAGUUUAACUUUAAAAUUCUGGACUAGACCAAGCUUACAAGAUAGAAGAUCAAAUACAGUAACACUUUUUGAUAAAGUGUUUAAAUUAUGGGACGCAAUUUCAGCUAGACAAAUGAAUAUUCAAAAAGAUGGAUAUCAAUCUGUGCCGAUUGAAAUGUCAAGAGCAUGAAAUUCGCUUUGUAUUAUAAAUAGUAAUUUAUUACUUCCGUUUUCACUUCUUUUGUAAGAAAGCGUUUAUCCUUUUGUUAAAUGAUAUCAGAUGAUAUUC